CUCCGAAAUUACUCAGAAGAAAGAAACAGAGAAGGGGAUUUCACAGAAAAUCUUUCAGGUCGUGAAAUUUCAUGUCCUUUCGAGGCAGUUUCUGAUCUAUUUCCGACGUUGGCACUUUGCUAUACGCUGCUUCUCUGCGGCGUGUCUCUUCUGCGUCUGGGAUCCCAAACAACAAGCGUUCAACGUGAGUUUUGCCGUGUACAGCGAUUGAAUCUCGAUAAAAUACGACAAGUAACAUUCAUUUUACCAAAGUCAGUUUGCACUUUAUUAUGUUUCUGACAUGCCUCCUGAGAAUGGUUACUUGCUGGAUGCGAUACCGUCCUGCGUAAGUGCAAUGAAGUUUCUUGGUUCUUCUCCAGCCUGGUUCAGGCUUUAAUGCGCACUGAACCUCAACUCGCCUUUCUCCCCAUAUCCAUCAUCUUGUUUUUGUGAUCAUCAGCCUUAUUUUGGAAGAUGAGGUUCUUCUGCGACUUUUUGUGCACAUAAAAUUCUGAAAGGAAGAAGAAACGAGGAGUCUGAAUUCGUGCUGUGAAGCCGCAUCACCUCCUAUGCCGUUUUAACCGUCUCGACGGCACGUUUUGAGAUUGUUCAAGAGAAACGUUGAAGUAUACACACAAGGAUAAAGAUGAAGAAGUUCCGGAAGGUUUUGGACGGGUUGACCACUUCUUCACCUGUCAAUCCAUGUGGAUCUCCCGCGUGCGGCAGUGCGGCUGGGACCCCUAGUACGGCUCCGACACCGCGGGAGCUGGAAAUCCAGGAGACACUGAUGUCUGAGCACUUCCAAAUCUGUAAGACGGUGCGUCAUGGAUUUCCCUAUCAGCCCACAGCUCUGGCAUUUGACCCGGUGCAGAAGAUCCUUGCCAUUGGCACUCGUUCUGGAGGAGUACGGCUUCUGGGACGGCCAGGAGUGGACUGUCAUUGCCAGCAUGAGAGUGGGGCGGCAGUUCUCCAACUGCAGUUUCUCAUCAACGAGGGGGCGCUUGUCACAGCUUGUGCGGACGAUACGCUGCAUCUCUGGAAUUUGCGACAGCGACGUCCGGCUAUCCUACACUCCCUCAAAUUCAACAGAGAGCGGAUCACAUUUUGUCAUCUUCCGUUUCAAAGUAAAUGGCUUUACGUGGGGACAGAACGUGGAAAUACACACAUAGUGAACAUCGAAUCCUUCAUUUUGUCUGGAUAUGUCAUCAUGUGGAACAAGGCCAUAGAACUAUCAACAAAAACACAUCCAGGUCCUGUUGUUCAUCUGAGUGACAGUCCAAAAGAUGAGGGAAAGUUGCUGAUAGGUUUUGAGAGCGGUACAAUAGUAAUGUGGGACUUGAGGGCCAAAAGAUCUGACUUCAGGAUAUACUAUGACGAGGCCAUUCACUCAGUAAGCUGGCAUCACGAGGGGCGGCAGUUCAUGUGCAGUCAUUCUGACGGCAGUCUGAGCAUGUGGAAUCUGAGAAACACCGCCAAACCUUUUCAAGUCACCUUCCCUCAUGGUAAGACUCAAAGAGAUGGUAGAAAAGAGUCAUGUAAACCCAUUCUCAAGGUCGAAUACAAGACCUCCAGAAACAGUAGUGAAGCAUUUGUUGUCUUCUCCGGGGGUCUUUCAUAUGAUAAGGCAGGACGGAGACCAACCCUAACCAUCAUGCAUGGGAAAGCCAUCACAGUGUUAGAGAUGGACUAUCCAAUAGUGGACUUCCUAGUGCUCUGUGAGACACCUUAUCUCAACGAGGUCCAGGAGCCAUAUGCGGUGGUGGUUCUGCUGGAGAAAGAUUUUGUUGUGGUCGAUCUAACCCAGAGCAAUUUUCCUAUCUUUGAGAACGCCUACCCCAUGGACAUCCAUGAGUCUCCAGUCACGUGCACGGCUUACUUUGCCGACUGUCCCCCCGACAUCAUACCUGUGGUUUACUCCAUAGGAGCUAAACACAAAAAGACCGGCUACAGCCACAAGGAGUGGCCGGUCAGUGGUGGCACAUGGACGGUGGGUUCACAGACAUAUCCAGAGAUUAUCAUCACAGGACAUGCAGACGGAUCAAUAAAGUUUUGGGAUGCCACGGCGAUCACACUGCAGAUGUUGUAUAAGCUCAAGACGUCAAAGGUGUUUGAGAAGCCUAAGAGUGGAGAUAUGGGACGCAGCGCUGAGCUUGUGGAGGAAGACCCCUAUGCCAUUCAGAUGAUCAGCUGGUGCCCGCAGAGCCGUAUCUUUUGUGUAGUCGGCAUCAGCGCCCACGUCAUCAUGUACCGCUUCAGCAAACAUGACGCCAACACCAGCAUCACUUCCCUAGAAGUGCGACUGCAGUGUGAGAUGGAGGACGUCAUCUCUCCGUCAGAUACAGAGAACACUCCAUGUUUUUCGGACCCCAGCGGUCUCUCGCCCCAACCUCAGCCUCCAAGUCCCCGCAGCAACAUGCCGGACAGUGUGCGGGAUAGCAUCCCUUGCCUCAAGGUUAAAGAUCGUAUGAUCCGAAUGCCUCCUGGGUACCAGGCGGAGCUGGUGGUUCAGUUAUUAUGGGUUGAUGGAGAACCGCCACAACAAAUCACCAGCUUGGAUUUAAACUCUGCCUACGGACUGCUGGCUCUAGGUAACUGCAAUGGUUUGGUAGUGGUGGACUACCUGCAGAAAACCAUUCUGUUGUGUAUGAGCACCCUGGAGCUGUACGGAUCCGCAGACCCUUUCCAGCGACUAACACGCUCUCCUCGCAAAAACCGACAGUCCACAUCAGACUUUUGCAUGCGCGGCCUGUCUAACUUUUAUUCCGAUUCAAAGAAACGGAUCCGUACUUCUUACCAGAGCCUUACGGAGCUUUCUGAUAAUCAGGUGUCUUUGGACCUAGAGAGGAGCAAGUCACCCACCUCAGCACCCUACACCCCUUCCCUCCAUAAUGACCCUCGAGGCACAGGGGAACCUGUGUCCAACCUCCGGUCCUGCCACCACAGUCCUGUCUUUUACCUGUUGGACAAUGUCAAGGGACCAGGCAGAAAGUUAAGUCUACCCACAGAUCUUAAGACUGAUCUUGAUCAUGUGAAUGGACAUUGCACUAGCCCCACCUCCCAGCCCUGUCCGACUGGGAGGGCCAGAGUCCCGGGGGGCCCUGAAGGGCCACGCCUUGCCCGCAGGGGGCCCGGCCGACCGCCCUUCCGCAAGGCCCAGUCCGCCGCAUGCAUGGAGGUCUCUUUGCCUGUGUCCUCCCUCACCGAAGGUUAUCCGUCCCGACGAGCCAUGCUGCAGCAGUUACACGGAGUCAGUAUGUACUCUCAUGAUGAGCAUCACAUCACCACCUACUCCUGGAGCGAGAGAGAGAGUCGAGAAAACUCGUUCAGCCGGUCACGGAGCUCUAGCGUUUCCAGCAUAGACAGAGAGACUAAAGAGGCCGUAACCACCCUGCAGUUUGUAGAGUCAUACGGAUGUAAGUCAGACACCCUGCCUACGCCAUGCUUGUGGGUGGGCACGAGUCUGGGCCUGGUGCUUAUCAUCCCAAUGUCCAUUCCUACGGAUGAGCAGGAACGCCAGGAAGACCCCGUUACUGUGGCCCCCACUGGCACAGUGUUAAUGCUGAAGGGAUCCGUUCUGCGGUUUGCUUUUCUGGACUGUGGAGGUGCUCUUAUCAACAGUCCCUACGAGGUGUGGCGGGAUCAACAUGCCCCCGAUGACCCAGAUCGACCCCGCAAGCGGAAACUGGUCAACUUCUCGUCCUCGUCUUCUCAAGAGGCCAGUGGAGAUGGUCACUUAGCUGUAGUGUGUUCAGAGAGGCAGGCCAAGGUCUUCUUCAUGCCCUCCCAGGCCUGUCUAUAUGUGCAUAACAUCACUGAGUCGUCCUUCGUGCUGCGGGCUGACGUGGUGUCGGUUUGUAACAGCGUUUGUCUGGCCUGCUUCUGCGCCAAUGGACACAUAAUGACUUUGAGCCUUCCCAGUUUACGGCCUCUGCUAGAUGUCAGCUACCUGCCGCUAACGGACAUGCGCAUUGCUAGAACAUUCUGCUUCACCAACGGAGGGCAGGCGCUGUAUCUGUGCUCCCCCACAGAGAUACAGAGAAUCACUUACAGCCAGGAGAUAUGUGACAACCUACAGGAGAUGUUAGGGGAGCUCUUUACACCCAUCGAGACCCCUGAGGCUCAGAACCGUGGCUUUCUCAAGGGCUUUUUUGGUGGCAACGCCCAAACCUUCGACCGAGAGGAGCUGUUUGGUGAGGCAGCGGCGGGUAAGGCGUCCCGCAGCCUGGCACAGCACAUCCCAGGACAGGGCAGAAUGGAGGGCAUGAAGGCAGCAGCAGGCGGGGUGGUGGGAGAACUGGCUCGAGCUCGCAUUGCCCUGGACGAGAGAGGACAGAGGCUGGGGGAGCUGGAGGAAAGGACUGCCCUGAUGAUGACCAGUGCUGAAAGCUUCUCUAAACACGCUCACGAGCUGAUGCUGAAAUGCAAAGACAAGAAGUGGUAUCAGUUUUAGAGGAUCCUCGAGGCAGGGCACAUUUCACGCUCGUGCCACAAGAGGGUGCUACUUUGGUACUUGGACUUUCACUCUUUUAAAGAGAGAGAGCGAACGAGACAAAUGGACCAAGGGCUGUUCAGCUUCUCUUCCGCCUGUGUACAGGAUUGUCUUACUCUGAUUGGUUAAAAAGGCUAAGACCAGGUUACGAUAUAAUGGACAUGUACCAUUAGCAUUGAAGAGUAAGAGGGGUUCCAUACCCAUGUUGUAAAUCAGACGACAUCUUCAUUCAUGAACAGGGGUGGUUCGGGGUCUCCUCACAAGAAGCAAAUUGGCUCACACCGUGUAGAUACUCGGACAGUUACAAAAUCAACAAGAGUGCAUGAAACAAAAUGGACGACCUAUAAAAACGUAAAACUGCCAUAUUAAAAAGCAGCAUGUUACUUUAAAACAAAAUGGAAAUAAAAGAUUAACAAACUUUUAUUUAAUAA